AUGUCCUGUCACAAACCAAGCUAUGUCCUGUCACAAACCAAACUAUGUCCUGUCAUAAGCCAACUUAUGUCCUGUCACAAACCAAGCUCUGUCCUGUUACAAACCAAGCUAUGUCCUGUCACAAACCAAUCUAUGUCCUGUCACAAACCAACUAUGUCCUGUCACAUACUAAGCUAUGUCCUGUCAAAAACGAAGCUAUGUCCUGUCACAAAGCUAUGUCUUGUCACAAAGCUAUGUCUUGUCACACACCAAGCUACGUCCUGUCACAAAAAAAGCGAUGUCUUGUCACAAACCAAGCUAUGUCCUGUCACAAACCAAGCUCUGUCCUGUCACAAACCAAGUUCUGUCCUGGCACAAACCAAGCCAUGUUCUGUCACAAACCAAGCUAUGUCCUGUCACAAACCUGGCUAUGUCUUGUCACAAACCAAGAUAUUUUCUGUCACAAACCAAGCUAUGUUCUGUCACAAACCAGGCUAUGUACUGUCACAAACCAAGCUAUGUCCUGUCAUAAACCAAGCUAUGUCCUGUCACAAACCAAGCUAUGUCCUGUCACAAACCAAACUAUAUCCUGUCACAAACCAAGCUAUGUCCUGGCACAAACCAAGCUCUGUCCUGGCACAAUCCAAGCUAUGUCCUGUCACAAACCAGGCUAUGCGAUGUCACAAACCAAACUAUGUCUUAUCAAAAACCAAGCUAUGUUUUGUCACAUGCCAAGCUAUGUUCUGUCACAAACCAAGCUAUAUCCUGUCACAAACCAAACUAUGUCCUGUCACAAACCCAGCUAUAUCCUGUCACAAACCAGGCAAAGUCCUGUGCGUUUAA